AUGAAAAAGAUAAAGCGGAAAGGAGGCGUGGCCAGGCAGCGGCGUGGCCAGAGGGACCUGUGGCGUCACAACAAAAGCUGCGCACGCAACCGCUGUCCCCGCCCUUCGGAGAGGGGCGGGGCCGGCUUUCCUUGGGUGCGCGCGCAGCUUGCUGUGCCCAUCAAGCUCCGGGUCAGUGUUCCUUGCCCCGCGCACCUGAGAGGCCGCUCUUCGACUCCCGCGCUGGACCCUCUUGCGCCACUGAACCCCCUGAUCCGGGGGCCUCGGACCCCAGGGCUCAGGAGGACUGAACCAGGACUUACCCAAAGUUGCCGCGGGGCCUUCCGUUCCCCUAGGCCAUCGCCCAAGUCUGGCCAGACUGAUGGGACCAGCGAGGAGUCUCUGCACCUUGACAUUCAGAAACUGAAGGAGAAGAGGGACAUGCUGGAUGAGGAGAUCUCCCAGUUCAUAUCUGAAGGCUACAGUGUGGAUGAACUGGAGGACCACAUUACCCAGCUUCACGAGUACAAUGACAUCAAGGAUGUGGGGCAGAUGCUGAUGGGCAAACUAGCUGUGAUCCGAGGUGUCACCACCAAAGAAUUGUAUCCAGAGUUUGGGCUGGACAUGAAUGACUGAGCAGGCUCAUCGCCCCUUGUCCACAGUCCCGAGGGACAGAAGGGUGUGGACAUGAUAAACGCUGAGAGCUCAACCAGCACAAAUACAGAGUUUCCAGCAAGAAAAUGCCAGAAGCGCUUUUCUAGAGAGCCCAAGCUGAAUCAGGAGGAGCCUAGAGAAGAGCCGGACAGGGAGGAAGGGGCAUUCCCAGCUCCAAGGUUCCUGAAAUGUCACAGUGAUACUUGUGUAGGGGUACAUGUACUUUAUUUGUCAAUGAACAUAUGUCAAUAAACA